AUGACGAGGUCUAACACAUUGAGGAGAGAAAACCAGCGAUAUUCAACAAAAGUAUAUUCUUUUGUUAUUUGGAUCAAGGCAGCUGUCUUAAUCAGUGUUCUAAUAAUGAGCACGCACAGAGCGUACAUGACAUUGAAUGAAAUAGAGGCCACUCUGCAGUUUGAAAUUAAAAAGGAUUAUUCAGCAGUGAAGAUAAACCCAGAGGGAUCUCUAAACUUCCUUCGCGGAUACAUCUACCAGAAAAUGGAGUGCAUGUACAACAAAAGGUUCUUUGCCCCGCAGAUUAAUACAGACUACCUUUUAAAGAACGAAGUUAUAGAUUGGGGAUAUAUACAAUAUAAAUACACUCGAGAUACACAGAUGGACGAGGCCUACAAAGCACUAUCCUCUAGUGAAAUGGAUGUGUACAAUGAGAAGUACCAUAACAAUCUGAUUGAGCUGUUUCCAUCACCAACGGGUGACAUAACAAUAGAGACGCGAGUAAACCAGUCCUUCAUUCAGUUUCUUCGAGCUAAGACAACAGAGAAGCACUCUUUGCAAAUUCUGGCCAUGCUGCUUCUUUUCUCAGAGGGGGUAGAUAUUCCCAUUGAAUUUACUCAGUCUGCACUAAAGGUAUAUAACCCGAACAGAGAAAAGGGAAUAUACUUUGAAGUGCCCACAGAGAUUGAGUGGCUAUGUGCUAAAACUGGUGAAGUAGAAAAACUCGAACAGAAGAAGGUUAUUAGAAUGAUCAGCUUCUUCAAGGAGAAUGCAACCAAUUCUAAAGUGUUGAGUCUAAUGCUAGACAAGUGCUCACAAGAGGAGGUUGCCACAGGAAAGUUCUUAGACAGUCCAAGGUUCCUGAUACAGUCCUACAUAUUUGGGUUCAUUGACACAACAGAGCGUGCAACAGAGUUUAUCCAGACUGUGCACACUAUGACAGAGAAGUAUGCACCAAAGACAGAAGCUCCAAGUAAAGGUGACUCUGUAUACGACAGGCUUUUUAAACCUGCCAGUACAGAAACAGGCACAGACUGCAUGGCUCUAAUGAAGAGAACUCAUGAGAUCGUUAAUAUGUAUCGGGACUUUCCAUUCCUAGAUAGUACGGAGCUUCCUUCAUACACAUAUGUUCCAUGGCGCGAUCCAAUGACAAAACAGUUUUCUACUGAUCCGUUGGAAGACUACAGCAACGGUGUGGAGCGCAUGAUUCUCUCCCUCUUCUGCUGCCUGGCAUAUGAUCCUGAAGAGAAAAAUUAUCGGACAGACCAUAUGGGGAAUGUCUCUGAAGAGCUUAAAGAAUUCUUUGCCCCAGGAGAGAACAAGUCAUUUGACACAACAAAGGCUGAAUUCCAGAAGAAGUGGAGCAAAGUUGUUGCAUGCUUAGACGAACCUAGAAUUGCAUACUGCAGAAAUAGAAAUAAGCUAGACAUAGGUCUUAUAAACAUGCUUAUGGUUAUUGCUGAAAUAGUAAAUAUUUCUAAAAAAGAAAAAGACAAAAUAUUUGGCUUUGAAGAGAGGCUAAAGGAGAAAAGGGAAAAGGAAGAAGAGGACGAAGAAGAGGACGAUGGACUAUAUAACAGUAUUAGGGAAUACACCAAAGAACUACUUAAACGCCUAUCCAAUAUAGAAAUUGUAGACGUAGAGUUCUUUGCUCUUGAAAGUUACAAGUGUAAUAAUGGAAGAUACGACAUAUCUGGUCAUAUUACUAUUUCAUUUGAGACAAGUGACAUCAAGAAUGAAAUAGUCUUGGAAAUAUCUAAAACCCAUGCUACUAUUGGCAUAAAGCCUGCUGUUAUGAACAUCUGGGAUAAUAGAAUGUCUAAAUUGAAAGGAGUUGCAGAUAGCUGUAAAAAUAGGACAGAAUUCAUUGAAAAUCUAUUUGCUGCGUAUGUUGACUAUGAAGUAAGAAAACUUGAUACUCUUGAGAAUAACAGAGAGUUUAUAAAGGCACAGGUGCGCAAGACUAUUGAGAACAAGUUUACAGACAUAAAUAGGCUGCUGCUAGUGAAGAAAAUCAGUGACUUAGACUAUAAAGCGGAAUUAAUUGAUCGUUCUAUUGUGUACACUCUGAACCAAAAGCUAUCCCCAGAGCAUCCUCUUGUUCGGUUUACCUCCAACAUAAUAGGAAGCACAAAGCUAGAUAACAGGGAUAUUGCAGAGAAAAUACUCCCGGUUACUAUAUGCGCAGGCCUGCUCAAUAAAAAAAGUGAAAAUCCCAGCUACCCGAAUAUAAAUCUGGAAAAAGAUAGAUAUAGAAGAAUUAAGGAUAAUAUAAAAUACUUCGGGAUUUUUGAAUAUGUACUAGAAUGUGAUAUAUCCAUUUUCAUUGUAUGGAUGAAAUACUUCAUAGACAACUGUGAUUUAAAUGAGGAGGGGAUUUAUAAAUCAUUACAUCUUUCAUUUGUUGACAAGUUUUGCAUAUAUAUAUUUAAAGACCAAAACAUGGAGUGGUCUAAUAUAGUUGAUAAGACAAUAACACGAGACUAUCCUGAGAAGAAAGAUGCGAUAUUAAACCAUCUUCACUAUUCAUGGUUUCUGUAUCUCAUCUUAGAGAAUAUCUCAGCUAUAGAGUUGAUUAAGGCCAACUUUGACGCUAUUCAGAAUCCAAACUACAUCCCGGCUACUUUCAAAUAUGAUGAUGAAAAGAAAAUUGCCCAAAUCCUUACAGGGCUAAAGGGCCAGCUAUGCACUAGUGAAGGCUCUACUGCCAAGUUUUAUCAGCUUAUGCGCCAAUAUAACCCGAUAUAA